UUCUGAUUUGGCCAAAAGCACAACAGGAUAUGUGACCAAAUGGAUGAUUUGUGCUAGAGGAAAAAAAAAUCAUCUCAUUCUGGAACAAUGGAUGCCAGAAAUAGAGGAGUGCUACGAUUAAAACAGGCAUCCAGAAGACCUACAACAAUCAGCAGGACUACCACCUUACUGCUCAAGAAUAAGACAACAAUAAAGGGCUUAUUUUAGUUGAAAAUUAGCUAUUGCCUGCAGGUUACAAUUCUUCGGACGACCCACUUGUACUAAGACGUGGACAGGAACUAAAGCCAGGUCAAAAGCUGCAGGAGAUCAGCCGUGAAAGUCUCACGACUGAUCGGAUCUGUCCUGCUGUAACCAUGCAAUGGAAACGACGCCACUGCUGUUCAUACACAGCUUAUCUCUUCUAUCUCCUGUCACUUCUGGGUGUGCUCCUCUUUUUGGUCCACCAGGCAUACCAGCCAAGGCUCACAGGUUUGCCAUGGCCUAGACAACAUCCUGUGGUAUACCGUGGUGGUUUACUACAUACCACAAAAGCAAAACUGAACAUAAGUGGUCAAAUGUCAGGCUGGAGACUGGUCAUUAUUCCUCAGACCACUGUUGCCAACAUCAGCUUAAAGGAGAAGGAAACUGCCCCCUCAUCUCGAGGAGUGCCCAUUGUUGAGAACACUUUAGCAGUCAGUGUGGAGGGAGGCAAUAUUACCUCUGGGCCUUACGCUUAUGUCAUCAAUGAGCCUGACAAAUGUUCACAGGGCAGACAGGCACCAUUUCUGGUGUUGCUGAUAACCACAGAGGCUCGGCAAGUGGAGGCAAGAAAUGCUAUUCGACAGACAUGGGGAAAUGAGAGCGUAGCUCCAGCUCUGGGAUUCAUUCGUCUGUUUCUGCUGGGAAGAAAUGAUGGAGAGCUGGGAGUAUUACAGCAGAAGAUGCUUGAAGCAGAAAGUAACAGGCAUCACGAUAUCAUCCAGCAGGACUUCAGAGAUACCUACAACAACCUGACCAUUAAGACAUUGAUGGGAUUGAACUGGGUGGCGUUACACUGUCCACAAGCCAGCUAUGUUAUGAAGACGGACAGUGACAUGUUCGUCAACACUGAGUACCUCAUUUACAAGUUACUCCGGCCAGAAAUGAAGCCCAAGAUGAACUACUUUACGGGCAAUAAUAUGAGAAAUUUUUCACCUAAUAGAAAUAAAAACAGCAAAUGGUACAUGCCCCCUGAGCUGUACCCUGGCGAAAGGUAUCCCACCUUCUGUUCUGGUACUGGUUACGUCUUCUCAGGAGACCUGGCAACAAAAAUCUAUCGAGCAUCACUAAGUAUUCCCCGCAUUCAUCUGGAGGAUGUGUAUGUGGGAUUAUGUUUGGCCAAGCUUGGUCUAGAGCCCACUCCUCCAUCCAACGCGUUCCUGUUCAACCACUGGAGGGUGUCUUAUUCCAGCUGCAAGUACAGCCAUCUCAUUACAUCACAUGGCUUCCAUCCCAAUGAAAUACUCAAAUACUGGCAUCAUCUUCAGAGCACCAAACACAACGCUUGCAUCAACAUGAUGAAAGCAAGAGCAGGCAGAGUGCAUGGAAACAAACCAAACAGGGAGAGACAAGCUCAUAAACUCAAGUAGUUUGUCAAAUUUUCUUAUUACAACGAUCUCUGCUCUCUAAUCUUAACUUGACAUUGGUGGAUUCUCAAGCUCAUUCUGUACAUCAAGUCCGGAUAUUUUUCAGUGUAUUCAAAGACAUUUAGGCCCAGAGUCUUCUUACAGCUGGACAUCAACACUAUUGGCCAUGCUUCCAUAAGUAGCUGUAUGUUUUUGGGUUUAGACUACAGUGAUGGUGACUGAUUAUGGGUUAGUAUCAUAACAUGACGAUUUUGUCAGACAAGCACAAUGGCUGAAAACAAGCUGAGACGAGUAAAAACAGUAGGGCAUGAGUCCACUAAUAGCCUUUAUUUGUGCUGGCAGCAUUCACAUUCUCAAUUUCAGAGCACCCCUUGCAGGCAUUUACAGUUACUUCAGAUUUCCACUGUAGCAGAGGUUGCAUGAUACUUUUAGUUGUUUUGAUAGACAAGACCAUGAGUCCUCUCUUAAGCCCACUUACGCAUCACCUAAAUACUGUUUCUGGGUAGAGGCAGCAAAGCUUUAGACCAGGGCUAUCUAAAAUUUUUCCACUAAGGGCCAAAUACAAAAAAUUACAAGGAUAAUGGGCCGCUUUCAUAAAUCUUACCUUUAUGACACAGUUAGUCAAUCUAGUCCAAUGCAGGUAAAGAUAUGCUUCGUGAUUAGACAUGCUUAAAUGGCUCAUUAAUGGCUGACAAGUAGGGAUGCAUGAUAUUGGAUUUUUGCCGAUAUCCGAUAUGCCGAUAUUUUAAAACUCAUUUUGGCUGAUACCGAUAUUUAAUUACAUUUUUUCCAACUGUAAAAAAACACCAAUUCCAUCCUGUAUUACAAAUAUUUUUUUAAGACAUGCUAUGUCUUGCUAUGUGACAGUGCGUAGCAAAACAUGCACAUUCUUUAUCUCUAUUUUCCAUAUCCGAAAUAUGUUAUCAAAAGCGGCUGCAACUGUGGCUGCUGAGUGAGCACCCCGGUGAGUGCCGGACAGGCAAUCCUCAUCUAUCCACUGAGGCAGUGAGGCUCAACAUGCUAAAAGGAUGAACACUUGAUGUCCAUAUAUCCGUGGUGAAGCUAAUAUGUUUAUCUUUAAAGAGGAGCCUCUCCACGUGACUUGAAACAAAGUUUUGCAGUUCAGUUAAGGCUAUAAGCACCUGCUGGGUAUAACGUAGCGGGGUUUUAAAUGCAUCAUUAGCCGGCAGAAGCCUGUAUAUUUCAGCACGCUGAAAGGCUGAUUAUAUAUAAAUUCAAUUAUUCCCUGUUCAGCUCCUUACCUUUGGAUGGUUGCUUUUAUAUUUUUUAGCUUUGUCUAAUGACUUAAGUAGAGGCUGUUUGCGAGUUUUCCCUGGCACGAAGUUUUGUCAUUCUUUAUCUGAAGAAACUCCUUGUAGUCAUCAGGUUGACAUUUUUUUAGAUGCAAAAUUAAACUGGUGGUGUUAAAGCCAUGUUGCCGAGCUCCUCCACGCAUCACGAUGCAAACAGCUACUUUGCUGUCUUGCUCCCACACCUCAAACUUCUCCCACACAGUGGACAUGUUGAAUUUGUUGUUGCUGGCGCACAUCCGGCAUCAUCGCGUGGCGCUUAAUUAUGACGUCACAUUAUCAGCCGUACAGAUCAGCGUAAAUUUUAUUAUCAGCUGAUACGAUGAUUAAAUUUUUAAGCUGUUAUAGGCCGAUACCGAUAUACUGCUGAUAAUAUCAUGCAUCCCUACUGACAAGGCAAACAGCCAGUCAUUUAAAUGAUUUUAUGGAGGUCAGUCAAAUUUAAGGGACGCCCUGGUUGGCCACAGCUAUCACUGGCUCAAACCUGGUCAGAAUGAAAAUAACCCUCCAUGUACCAGAGAAUUUACAGAGUUGUCUCAGUUUAAGUCACAAAAAUAAGCACAUCAAUAAAUUGUCCUGUCAAAAUGUUUGUUCACAGAAUUAGCACAGUAGCACUGCCUAGUGCUGAAACUAAAAUACACACUAAUCCAAAUAAAUUAAUGUCUUCUCAAAGUCCAAUUUUUCUGUGUUUUCUUACUAACAGAUGAGUAUAGUUUUGUGGUACCUUCCCGGACGAGCACCCAUGGUAACAAAAACUAUUCUCGCCAUUUAAUAAGUAAACACAGAUGAAAUUUAUACUACAGUCAAGCACAAGCUUCAUGUUCUAAUGUUAGCCAUCUUUCACUUUAUUUUAUGGAUUUGCAAGAGGCCAAUUAAAAAUGAACCAAGGGCCACAUUUGUCCCCCGGCCAUAGUUUGGACAUCUCUGCUUCAGACAGUGGUUUUCUUACACUUUUGGACUGUAGUUCAAUCCAUUUUGGAAACACACAUUUGUGGAUUUCCCCUAGUUUACGAAUUGGUAGAAAGAGGGACAGCCUGCCAGUGUUAUUUUAUCAAACACAGAAAUUACUCAGCAAAUACAAUUUCUGCUUGCUUGACACCUUACAGCAGGGGUAUUCAUCAUUCUCAGAAGGGUCAGCUUUUUCGUGACAGACACAGUGGGGGCAGGACAUUCAAAUAAACUAAAAUACAAUUAACAUUUCAUUCUAACAUUUUCUUGUGAAAAUAUGUUUCCCUCUCUUCCAAAAUUAUAACCCAAAGCCGUUAGCGGUGAGCUCAGUCCCUAUCACCUUUACUGCAGCCAGCCACAAGAGAGACUGAGAUAUUUUAGCUACUCAUGUUGUCUAUCUCUGAGUGGUCUUGUGAUUGGCCAAAAACACAUGCAGGAAACAAAUCUCUGCAUAGAUUCUCAGAAAAAGAAAUUACAAUUUCAAAGAGCCUUAUUUGAAAAAUUCAUAUAAAAAAAACAACAGCUUUAUCAAGACAAUAAGUAUGUGUUUACCAUGCCAAAUAAAGAAAAACAAUUCUUGUAGACUUCCUGUUUGAUAAGUCCUGAGGUUGAAGGUUUUAUUGAAACUUCAAGAAAAAAGCUAAACAAUAGCAUGCCAAUUUUUUUGUUCUCAAAUGUUCAGAAUUUAAUCAUUCUCCAGGGGCCUGAUGUGCCUGGAGUGACGAUGUUCCAUCACUGGAACAUUUUCAACAAAAAGUGCUCAGUAAACUGACAAAAUACAGAUGAGGUUGUUAGCGUUGUGGGGCUUAGGAUGCCAAGCACAAAGAAAUGCUUAACCAUAUUUGCUUUAAACAGAAAACUGGGGCUGCCAGUGAAAGAAAACUGCAAUUGGCCACAGGACCUUCUGUAGGAAAGCUCUUCUUCCGUGAAAAAUUUCAACACCCAACCAACUUACUUGUGGUGAAUGCUGCAUCACACAUCCCUCCCUCUGUAACUUUACAAUGUUCUUUACUUGGGGGGUUGGCAGGAAAAUGCCUGUUCAUGGCCACUGACCAGGUUGGCUGAGUGUGCUCAAAUAAGCACCCGGCCAUGACAUAUCAGGAAACUUUUGGAUGUGUAGUGCAUGUGUGAAAGGGGCUAUAUAUAAAUG